GCUGAGCUAGGGGCUGCAGGCCGGAGGCGCGCCGUGAAAGGGCAAGGAGGACAGUCCGGCAAUGGGCGUGGCGCGCACGUGACGCAGCCGCCAAGCCCGCUCCCAUGACGUCCGUGCGCAGCCGGCUAAAUUUGGCACAGCGCAGGGUCCCGUCCACAACAUCCGCCUCGCUGCUGCUGCAGUCCCACCAUCACCGCAGCAAGGCCUCCAGCCAUGCCGUCCAGCGCCUCCACCAGCGUCGAAGCAGACUCGUCGUUUGCGCUCGACGUCCUCGCGCGCCUCUCGCAGCCGCUCGUCGAGCUGCAGCUCGCGUCGCCCGUCUCGCGUCGGGAGGAAGGCGUUGCUGCUGCAUCCAGCAGCACCGCAGACGACGAUGACGACGAGGCAGAGAGCUCGCUCACUGCCUCGCUGCCGACAUCUUCGCUCUCGACGCCCAACGCCCUGCUUCGUAUUCUCGAUCAGCUCAGCCAGCAGCAAACGCAGAGCCGCACACUCGGCAGUGCCGCACCGGCAGACGUCGAGCUCGCACGCGUCGCAGCCGCCACUGCCGCACUCGUCCUCGAUGCGCUGCUGCGCGAUGCUCGCAGCCGCGAUGCCGCAGCAUGGGCGUGGGAUGAGAUCGCAAGCGACGACUGGCGUGCGACUGUCUAUCUCGUGCAGACCCUGCCGAGCCGCCUUACCUCUCUCGGCAAGCUCGGCGCCCACAUGGCGCGCCGCACGCUGGCGCACUCCAACCCCACCGCAGCUACGCAGUCCGUCUUCUCGCGCGAGGUGCUGAGCAGUGCGCUGCACACGCUGCUCUCCUCGCCGCUGCUGGCGCGGCAUGCCAUGUUCCCGCACUCGUCAGGCAAGGCCUUCAACGAGCUGUCGGAGAGCGACGACUUCGCUCCACCUCAGAAGGCCCAGCGAGGCAGUGCGAAAGGAGGAAAGCGUGCGGGCCAGAUGCUCCUCUCGGCGCUCAAGCAUGCCAGUCCGCUGCGCCUCACCACGCACGAGGCGGGCGCCAAGCGGAAACAUGCGCUCAAGGAGCGUGAUGCCCUGGCGGCAAAGCUGGGCGCAUUGGCUUUGGCACUCACGCCUACACACGACGCUUCGUCACCACGCACGCCUUCAAGUCCGUCGAUGCAAGCGAAAGACGACUCGAAGAGCCCAGCACUUCGGACGUCGCUCGAGGAGCAAGUGGCGCACCUGGCGCGUGCGAUCGAGACGGAGUCUGCCUCUGCGCAGGGCGGCGACGUGCGCAGUACCCUGCGCUCCGUGUUGCUCAAGCUCGCGGUCAACAGCGGCGGCAACAGCGGCGCACUAUCCAUCUCUCCUGCACUGCGGCCGGCGCCCGUCGGACUUGGCCCACCAACGUUCCUGGCGCGUGCAUGGCCCACUCUGGUGCUUGCGCCCGUCGCCAGCGUGGUGCUACUGCGCAUCGCGGCGCGCAACUGGGAUGCGGUGCUCGCCCACCUUCGCGAUGCACGCGAGACGGUGCGAGGCUUUGUCAUCGGCUGGGUGUGGGAGCCGGUGCGCGGGCUGCUCGAGACGGUCAGACAUGGCGAUCAGGAGGGCAUGAUCAUCACGAAGGAGAGCUUGCGCUCCGAUGUCUCGAGCCUGGAGCGUAUGGUAGUCGACUUCUCAAAGGAGCUGUACGGCAUGGACGACGAGCAGCUGAAGCUCGUGGCCAGCCGCGUGCGCGACGGCGACCUGAGCGAGGUGCUGCGCAUCUACGAGAAGGAGCUCAAGUCUCCCGUCAAGUCCGCCGUGACUGGCUCGCUGGUGCGCUCGCUGCUCAUCCAGAUCCAGAAGGGCAAGGUGGACCUCGAGACGGCCAUGGCGGGCAUUGACCGGCUGCUCAAGUCGCAGCAGCUGCUCUUUGGUGCCGUCGGUGUUGCGCCCGCCAUGGGCGUCGUCUAUCUCGUCGUCUCGUGGGCGCGGGGGAAGGUCGCAGAGUGGGCGGGCAGGAAGGGAAAGCAGAUGCAGGGCGGGACGCGCACGCAGGUGUGGGAGGCCAUGCGCCGCAUCGACGCGCUCCUCCUUGCCGCUCCUUCGUCUCAGCCCGGCCUUUCGCCGAAGACAUACGGCCUGCUGCUGCUCGACCUCUCCCUCCUUCGUGCCAGCGCCUCGUCGCUCACCUCCGCGCCAGCGCGCGGGCAUCGUGGGGCGCACAAGCGUCUGCGCACGCAGUUCCUCGACGACGUGCGUGCGCUCGAGGCGGCGAGCGCCGCCGACUCGUCGGCCCGCGGUGGCGAAGGCUCGAGCAGCACGCGCGACGAGCCGGGCAUCGGCUGGAUGGUCAGACGCGCCAGCGUGGAGCGCAUGUGGCGCAGCUGGGGACCGCUCUUUGCGCUCGUUGGCACGCAAGACUGAGCGCUGUCGCCACGCAUCACUGUCACGCAUUGCACAACAUCACCUCU